AUGGCCUCACCAAUUUUCCUGUCAAAAGCACACCCUGGAUACUCUGUACAAGCUUUUCGCACAGGAUUCAAGAUAGCUGUUGCUAAUGCACUAAACUUUGCUACGAUAAUAACUGACCAGUGCAGGCUUUAUCCCAAGAAAGCUCUGGGAUGGGCUCUCGUGUCGCUCUUUUGGCGGAUUGCUGUUGUGUCGAUCGACAAGAUGACAAAGCCUCUUUUUCUGUUCAAAUACGUGGUUUACGCUUUGAACAGCUGGCUGUCAUGCUACAUUUUACUCAGGUUUAACUAUUCAAGCUUUGACCACGCAUUUUGGUCGACUUUUCACCGCGCCACGAGCGAAAAUGCUUCGUUCGAGAAAUCAGGUUCAGCUUCGCCUGAGCCAUCAAAAAGCAAGAGGCCCGCGAUGUCGGCAAAGCUCCCAUCAGAAUCGAUUGCAUGGCAUACCAUGAUUUUGAUGGUAAUGGCUUUGUUGAUGGCCGAUGUGGAAAAGGAUUCUACAACAGGCAUUGCGGUGUCCCAAUUUGGGCGGGCCAAAUUGUCGGUGUUGACCGCUCUGUGGUAUACCUUAUUAGCUACUGCAUUCGACUCAGUGACGGCGCUAGCAAUUAGUGCAGCCUUGUCCACGUUCGUGAGCUUGCCCACCAGCAUAGCUUUUAUAGCGCAGAUCUGCUACGUCACGUGGCUGACGAAAGUACUGCUCGUACCGUAUAUGCAACUGGCUCGCUUCUCACCCACGGAGUACAGCGUAUGGCUGCGAGCUCGCGGUGGAGUAAUAUGCGGGUUUUUGGCUCCCUUUUACGUCUUACUGUUGUCAUCCAAUUCGGUCCUAGUAUCACCGGCUUUUGUUUACGUGCUGGUGUAUCCGUUUGCCUAUUUACUAGCCAAGAUAGCCGAACCCGUCCCGGUCAAUGCCCUUCUCGGAACGAAAGCUCACUCUACUUGGUGCGCCCGCCAAGUUCUAUGGCGCAAUGUUGUAUCCGGCGAUGAUUUUUGCUGA